AUGACAACGGGCGAAAUUCAUUCAUUGCAUAAAUUAUGGACACAUCUUUGUCAGAUGGCAGAAGCAUUAAACGAUAGAUCAAAGAUCAUAGCAGAAUACAACGACAAAAUGCCAGCUGAUGAUCAUUUCUUGUGUAGUUAUAGACAACGAUAUGUAAGCGAUCCAUCUCAGCAAAUUAAAAAUAUUUACAUAUCAACUAAUUCCACUAAAUUUGAUCGAUUUAAUGAUUUUGUUGGAUUCUUAAUUUAUUCAUAUGAUGACAAAACAGACUUUUAUCUCAGUAACAGACACUGUAAAACUGGCUGCCUUUUAAUAAAAGAAAUUUCAACUGUUAAUCAUAUUGUACACAAUGGAAUGCCUGAAAAAUUAUUUGAAUGGUUUUUCAAUGGUACAGAAGUAGAUCAGAAAUUUAAAGGUAUUGGCUUUCGUUUUCGGGCUCACAAACGUGAGUGGCGAUUUCAUCGUUUCAAUGAUGAAGAAGUGCAUCCAAACGAAAAGAAACUAGUUGAAAUGGCUUUAUUAUGCAUGUAUGAAAAUGGGAGCUGGAUAACAAAUCAAAGCAUGAACGUUGAUCAAUUGAAAAAAAUGGCAAGAGACAUGUUUUACAUGAAAUUGCAUGAAAUUAAAACGGUAUUUGACAGUAGAAAGAAUGAAUUAGAGCAUAAUGAUCAAUCUUCACAAAUGUCUUCAAAUCAUAAUCCUCAUGAAGCAUCAUCUUCUUUACAGCUUAAUUCUUUCGAGGGAUCUCCUGUGCAUAAUCCAGCAAUUUUAAACAAGGACGAUGGAUGGAAUUAUGUCCAAGCCCUUAGAAUAAUUGAGGAGCGAAUAAAUAAUUAUCAAAAACGCAUGGAUCAGCUAUUAGAUGAUGUUUAA